AUGCUCGCCCGGGUCGCACAAAUUCCCGCUAUGCGAAGCAUGGCGCUCAAGACUGCCCAGUAUCCCUUGACAAGCCGCCGAGAACUCUCUUCUGGCUCCUACGGAAAGACAAAUCUCCUCGCCAAGAGAUCUCACCUCACUCAGCUUGAUCGAGAAGUCGUUUUCGAAAUCGGCAUGGUCAGCGGUCUCAUCGGCGCUUACCACUUGAUGCAGGAGCGAUCUACCAACAUGGCCCACAAGCCCCAUUACGAACAGCCCUACGAGUGCGGUUUCAACCAGAUGGGCGGUGUCAUCUUCGCCGGCUUCACCUUUGUCAUCUGGGUCUUCCUUCUCUUCGAAUUGGAAAUCAUCAUGCUUAUGCUGACGCCCAACUUCGAUGUCAACCUGCCCUUCUUCUUGGUUUUCCUCACGACCUGUUGGUUCUGGGUCUGGCUUUACCCACAGACCACGAACUUCUAA